GGCAGUCAGUGUUCCGCCACACAAACAACAGCUGACGUGUACUUAAAUUGAAGUACAACCAUCGUUAAGAUGGCGUUACAAGUGGCUGCUAUAGGUGAAGGAAAUCUGCUACUUUCUUGCCUGAAGGAUCUGAAAACCCCGGAUUUCAAUGUGGCUGCUGUGUUCUCGGACUCUGAGCAAGUGACGGCAUAUUGUGAGGAGAAACACAUUUCUGUGUAUCCAAGGCGCGCGUCAAUCACUGAACUGGCAGGCGCGUGUCACUUGGACUAUCUAUUCAGCAUCAGCAAUCCACGAAUCCUGAAGGAAAAGGAGAUCCUCCUGCCACGACGCCUUGCUAUCAACUACCAUGACUCACCACUACCUGCCUACUCUGGUGUCAAUGCCACCUGUUGGGCAAUUAUGCAAGGGGAGAAAACCCAUGGUAUAAGUUGGCACGUGAUUGAGACCGGAAUUGACACAGGACACAUCCUACGAUCCGAGACAUUGGAAAUUGACGAUCAAGACACAGCAUUCACUCUCAAUCUAAAAUGUCAGGAAGCUUCAGAGAAAUCAUUCAGACGUCUCCUUCAGGAUAUUCUUAACAGUGACAUUACAAGUAUUCCCCAAGACCUGUCCAAAAGAUCUUACUAUGGCUUGUACAAACUGCUACCUUCCCUGGGUGUGCUCUCCUUCAACUUACCCUGUGAUACCCUUUACAAUUUUGUAAGAUCGGUUGAACUUGGACGUAAUGAAAACCAGUUGGGAUCAGCAAAAGUUAGAACAGCAAGUGGGGUAUUUCUUUUGGUCAAAACUGCAGAACGGUCUUUAAAUGGACAACAUUCGUCAUUGCCUGGUACAAUAUUGGACGUAAUGGAUGAAGAGGUAGUGGUUGCUACUGCGACCGCCCCAAUUCAUCUAUGCCUUGCCCACUUGGAUGGUAGUCCUAUCCCUGAAAAACAGUUCAAACAUAUUAGGCUGGUCACGGGGCUUGUCCUUCAGAGCAACUUUACUACUGCUGACAAUGACCACCUUGUGAACAUAAGGAAGAAAGAAAGGUUUUGGACGAAAAUACUGAAAGCUUAUGAACCUCUGACUUUCUUCCGCCAAAAAAUGAAUGUCCUCGCAAACAUCCUUGAUGUCUCCGCUACAACAAACCUCCAAAGGACUCGGAUAUGCAAUAUUGAUGUAGGCACAGACUUGAUGCAUCUUCAGGCAGCUUUCUUGGGAUUUCUAGCAAGAGUAUGUUGUGUGGCUGACGUGAAUGUUGGGUUUAUUGCUGACAAAACAGAUAUCCCUGAGAACUGCAAGACGCUGUACACUGAUAUAUGCCCUUGUCUCUUCCAUGUGAACCUCUCAUCACGGAUUGAAGCUGCUAUUGAAAAGAUUCUCAGAGAUCUGAAGGGCCUCAAUCUCAAUAAGCCUUUUAUGAAAGAUGUAUUGUACAGAUAUCCUGAUGUGCAGGUCAACAGAUAUCCUUUCCACAACUUGGUUAUUGGACAACAGUCAUCACACCUCCCUGAUGACGUAUUUCACGACUGCAACAUCGUGGUGCUGUUUCCUGAGCAUGGGGACAAAGAACGUUACUUGACUGCUGUGUACAACAAAAAACCUGGCCAGGACCACCUUCAAAUCAUUGACACAUUAAAGCAUUUCCCCAGCUUUCUAUCAUCUGUAUCCGCUUCAUCUGAAAGCAACGUGUCUGACGUUUCACUUGUGUCAGAAGAAGAGGUACAAAAGUUGUAUACUCCUGUUGAAGUUCUUCCCAGCCAAGCAACAUCUAUCGUUGAAGAAUUUGAAAAUCAAUGCAGAAAGAGACCAUCAGCAAUUGCUUUGAAAUCCUCCAAGCAGUUCCUCUCAUAUCAAAAGUGUUCAAAAGAGGUCACACAUCUUUCAAAGCUUUUGAACAACAAUUUGGAACAUACGUUGAACCAACUGAAGCUUAUAGCAAUUCAUCUACCAAAUUCCAUCAGCUAUGUUCUGUCUGUUUUGGCAACACUAAAGAGUGGCUUCUCUUUCUUGCCUUUGCCUGUGGAUAUUCCAUCUGAUCGUGUCAUGUUCACAUUGUCGGACUGUAAUGCUCAGAUGAUGUUAACAUCCAAAGAACUAUAUGACAGCAAAAGUUUUGAGUCUCUGAAAAAUAUUUCAACAGUGAUCUUCAAGACAAAGCUUGCUGGAAAUCCGAUUCUGCUGAUUAGCUUGAAAAUGAACGAAAACAGAGACAUUCUAACAGAGAAUACAAAUCAUUCUUUCUACGUUGGAGAUGGCAAUAGGAGCCUACCGAAAUCUGCCACUUCGGUGGAGGACCCAUGUUAUGUCAUAUAUACCUCUGGAUCUACGGGGCAACCAAAAGGUGUUCUGGUGAAAGAGUCUAGUGUUCUGAAUAUGGUCUUGGCUCAGAUCGACAAGUGGGAUCUUGGGCCAUAUGAUGUGACAGCUCAGUUUGCCUCUAUUGGCUUUGAUGCCUCUAUAUCUGAAAUAUUCACGUCUCUAUUGUCAGGUGGGACACUAGCUGUCCUCAACAAGGACCAGCGGUUAGGACAUGAGUUGGUAAACACUGUGACAAUGCUAGGGGUCACUACAAUCACUCUGACACCUUCUGUUCUGAACAUAUACUCACCUUCAGAUCUCCCAACUGUCCGAAACAUCAUUGCAGCUGGUGAAGCUUGCACACUUAAUAUUGCAAUGAAGUGGACAAAACAAACUGGAAAUCGGUUCUUCAAUGCUUAUGGCCCAACAGAGACAACAGUUUGCGCCACCAUCUAUGAAUUUCAAUCAACGAAUCACUUUGAAGAGGUCAACCAGGACUUGCCAAUUGGACCUUCCAUAUCUGGAUGUCAUGUAUAUCUGUUUGACGACUUUGUCAAACCAGUUCCUCCAGGAACUGUAGGUCAGAUGUACAUUGGAGGGCUAGGUGUGUCUGGAGGAUAUAUAGGCCAUGCAGCAGACAGAAAUCCAGAAUCAUUCCUACAGAAUCCUCACACCAAUACACCAGAUUUACUGUACAAGACUGGAGACCAUGCAUUCCAGGACAUCGAUGGCAACAUCACAUUUGUCGGUAGGCUCGAUGAUCAGGUCAAGAUCAGGGGCCAAAGGAUUGAUCUGAGUGAGAUUGAGCAGGUGUUGAUACAACACAUCAUGGUCCAAGUUGCUGUAGUUGUUAUUCAUAAAUGUUCUGUCACAAAGGAAUCGGUCUUGUCUGCAUUUGUCACGCCUGAUUUUGUGUUCCUCUCAGAACUGAGGGAAUAUCUUGCAACAGUGCUGCCAAAGUACAUGAUCCCUACAUAUAUUAAGAAACUCAAAAACCAAGAAUUUCCAACCACAUUGAAUGGGAAAAUAGACAGAAAAGCUCUGUCCAUGGAUGAGAGUGUGCACGAUCAGUACCCACGCAUCGGAUACAGCCAUUUGAAUGAGGUACAACUUCAAAUUGCCAGAUUAUGGUGCGAGGUUUUAAACUUGGAUGCCUUCUUUACAUACUCCUUGCAUAGGAUGAGCUCGUUCAGUGAGAUGGGUGGCAACUCCCUCCAUCUCGUACUGCUGCAGAGAGCAAUUGAAGAGAGGAUGAACAUUUCCCUCUCCUUUACUGAUAUUGGUGCUGCUGAUACUGUUGAAGCAUUUGCCGACAUCAUCUCCAGGAAAAGGGAAAUUGUUAAAACAAACCAAGGCAUGCCCAGACGACAGUCAGACCAGUUAAACACCUACAUCAUGUCGGAUUCACAACUAGAGAUUGAUGCCAGUUCAAACACAGUCUUGGGGGUGACAUUAGGCCCGAAAUGUUCGCCAUCUUUUCAUGGGAAGAAGAGUCCCAUGACAAUACUGAUAUCCGGAGUUACAGGAUUCCUGGGAGCAUUUCUUCUGAGCGAACUCCUGGAACACACGCUGGGCAAUAUAUGCUGCAUGGUCAGAGAAACCACAGAAGUCAAGGGACUCGGUAGAGUAGUUGAAAACAUGCGAAAGUACAACCUGUGGAAGUUUGAAUACGGGAACAGAAUUGCCAUCGUUCUGUCUGACCUGAGGCAGGAAAAACUUGGAAUCGCUCCUGACAUCUACAGCAGUCUGACGAAUGACGUUGAUGCAAUCUUCCUCAAUGCUGCUAUGAUGAACUUCAACGGAAGCUAUGAAGAUCACCGAAUUGCAAAUGUUGUCAGUACACAGGAGUUUAUAAAGUUUGCUGUUACUAACAAAAGGAAAUACCUCUUUAUGACAUCUUCACUCAGCGUCUUUCUCUUCCCAACGCCCGGACUCAGUGAGCCGGUUCACUCUGCGAUACUCGAGUCAGACUUUUUCCAUGAACCUGUGGAUGUUGAAGGCGGAUAUGGUCAGAGUAAGUGGGCAAGUGAAAGACUGGUGCUGCAAGCACUAGAGUUCCUCCCAGGUGGCGCCAUCUUCAGGCCGGCUCGGGUAUCAGGUACUUCCACGGAUGGCGUUGGUUCAUGGAAUGAUCUCUUUGCAUCCACCUUGAUAGGAAUGCGUAAACUGGGCAGUCAUCCUGAUAUGGACUUUCCCUUUGACCUGACACCUGUGGAUUUCUGUGCGAAAGCUAUUGUGGAAAUUGCCUGUAAGAUCAGAAUCGGAGAAGGGCAAGGUCUCCGGGUGUUCCAUCUGUUCAAUCAAGACACUAUUCCUUUCAGGGAACUGUUUCAGGGAAUGGGCCUAACGGCAUUGCCACUUGAGAGGUGGCGAGAAGAACUUCGGAGUGCUCCUGAGGACAAUAUAGAACUGCUCCCUCUUACGCCGUUUUUCAUGUCAGCCUUCUGGGAUCGCGCUCGACACUGGCCCGUGUUUGACACAACUAACACAGAGCUGCUAAUCAGUGAGUCCACAAGACAGCUGCUGAGACCAACCAGGGACCUUCUCAAAACGUAUCUGCGAUUCUUUAACAUUGAAUAGAUGUGAUGUACCAGUGAGAGAAAUCCAGCUAUUGAACAUUAUACGGCGACCUAAACGUCGAAUAUUGACUUUCAACUGUUUAAAAAUGUAAAUGAGAGACACAACCAAGGAGUUUUCCCACUUAAAGAAAGACCAGGGACAAUUUCAAAUAGUAGUCAACCAAGUUUGUCAGCGUGAUGUACGUAAAAUACCUAUCAACAUAAAUAUGUACAUUUUAAAAUUCCAAUUAGAUGAGGUGAAGUGAAAUUGGAUUUAACGUCGCGUCCAAGAUUAUUGCACUUAUAUAGCGACGCGCAUGCACGUGUGUGUGGCUGAUUGUACUAGUCCGGACUGAUGCCGAAUUAUAGUGAUAGCUCAUUGAGAUACCAUGCCGCAGUUUAACAUGUAUACCCCGCUCAUAUAAAUUUAUAGACUUUCUUUGUGUUAUUGGGAGAGGCUAGUGUGAUUCUGUCAGACAUCCUUUGUGUUAUUGGGAGAGGCCAGGAGUGAUUCAGUCACACAUGCUUUGUGUUAUUGGGAGAGGCCAGUGUGAUUCUGUCAGACAUUAUUUGUGUUAUUGGGAGAGGCCUGGAGUGAUUUAGUCAGACAUGCUUUGUGUUAUUGGGAGAGGCCAGGAGUGAUUCAGUCACACAUGCUUUGUGUUAUUGGGAGAGGCCAGUGUGAUUCUGUCAGACAUUAUUUGUGUUAUUGGGAGAGGCCUGGAGUGAUUUAGUCAGACAUGCCUUGUGUUAUUGGGAGAGGCCAGUGUGAUUCUGUCAGACAUUAUUUGUGUUAUUGGGAGAGGCCAGGAGUGAUUUAGUCAGACAUGCUUUGUGUUAUUGGGAGAGGCCAGGAGUGAUUUAGUCAGACAUGCUUUGUGUUAUUGGGAGAGGCCAGGAGUGAUUCAGUAACACAUGCUUUGUGUUAUUGGGAGAGGCCAGUGUUAGUCAGUCAGAUAUGCCUUGUGUUAUUGGGAGAGGCCAGGAGUGAUUCAGUCUGACAUUCUUUGUGUUAUUGGGAGAGGCCUGGAGUGAUUCAGUCAGACAUCCUUUGUGUUAUUGGGAUUCAGUCUUUGUGUUGUUGCAGAUCACUGUAAAUCCUUUAAUAUCAAUUCACAGUAUUGAUCGUGUUACAUUGAUCAUUUACAUCGCAUGUACCUUGGAUGCCAUUGUUGAAAUAAACAUUACACUUCCCAAACUGAAGUUGAUUUUUUGUAAAGGGUAUAAAGUUGAUAUAACAAUCCCAUUCAUUGAUGACGACACAGCAUUUAGGGACUUAAAAAGCCAACAUAACAGGAACUUGAUUAUCUACAACAACAUUUAGUCUAUCAGAUAAUUCAUGCUUCUCUUGAACCAACAAACGUGUCCUUAUAAUAUGUCCGAUGUGCGAGGACAACUUCCAGACUUUAUCCUGAGUAUUGCUGAUAGUGAGCAUAACAACACUGACACACUCCAUUUAUCUGCUCAUUGCUAGUCGAGCUGGACAUGACUGGUGUUGAUAUUCAUCAGGCAAUCUCAUUAAAAUCACAUCUUAGUUAUAGUUACAACACACCAAGGCGAGUUGUUUGGGCAGUAAGAGCACGGUUUGGCUUGGCAUUUGAUUGACAGACAAAAGGACCGAGGGGCGGAGCCCCGAGGUGAUCCUUUUGUCUGUCAAUCAAAUGCCAAGCCAAACCGUGCUCUUAUUGCCCAAUCAACGAGUAGGUGGGUGUGUUGUAAGUGACUUGUAGCACGGGUUGCGACGGUCAUUCCAAAAUUGCGCGAGUUUGUGUAAAAUUUAGUGACGUAUAAUAUGACGUUAACUUUUAACGUUAACGUUUAACUUUUAAUCUAAUUGUUAUAUCAAGUGUAAACUUUGGAAUUUUCAAAGGCACAUUAGAAAUGUCAACUAUUAAUUUUCCGAAUUUAGCAAAAUGCGUUCU